UUUUUUCGCUUUUGCAACUCGCGCAUACCUUUUUCUUUACUCUUCCACCAGCAUCGCCCACCCCCAAAGCGUCUUUUUUCUCGCUAUCACCUCCUUUUUUUUCCACACAAUGUCGCUUAGCAGACUACAGCAUAUCGCGAUGCGUCGCCUGGUGCCCGCCAUCACCGUGGUGCCAAAGAACCUGGACGACGACCAGCUCAAGAAGCUGAUUGAGCAGCAGCAGCCGAUCACCGCCAAGGGCGCCAUGCCAAGCAAGAGCGAGCUGGCCCAGCUGACAACCCAGCAGGGGCUGAUCUCGACGCUCUCGAAGGCGAACAAGCCGAUGCCCUUGAAUAGCCUGCUUUCGAAGCUGACCGGCCCGCAGGGCAUGCUCUCGACACAAGACCUGGCCCUACUGAAGGCCGCCAGCAACGGCUCUCCGGGCCCGCUGCUUCUGGAUGCAAAGCCCGUAAAGGAGCAGGACUCGCUUCUGACCACGCCCGAGCCAGCCAGCCCGGCUCCCGAGACCGCCCUGGCCGACCAGGAGCCGACCAUUGGCGCCCUGGACCCGGCCAGCGUCGAUGCUCUGAUCAGCGCCCUGCGCGGCACCGCGGCAAUUUCGGCGCCGCCGCCAGCCGAAAAGCCCGCAGUGACGAAGCCUGCACGCUGCACCACACCCGUAUCUGUGCUGGAGGAGCACAACGCACUGGCCAGUCUGGAAUCUUCGGAGCACAGCGACGACGAUCUGCCGCCAAUCUCGGCUGACCUGUCAGCAGCGGAGCGCCGCAAGGAGCAGAACCGGCGGGCGCAGAAGAAGUUCCGCCAGAAGGACAAGGUGCGCCAGAAGGAGAUCAAGUGGCGGGCGUCGCAGUACGAGGACCUGGUGGCAUCGAAUAAGCGCUUCAAGAGCGAGGUGGAGAGUGUCCGGCGUGAGCGCGACAUGUACCGGCGGAUCCUGGAGCUGAACGGCAUUAAUAUGAAUGACACGGAGCUGACGACAACACAGCAGCAGAUUCCGUCGCCGGUCCUGUCGCCGCAGGCCUCGUUGGCGAUGGACCAGAUUGCCCAGGAUACCUUUGGGUGUGCGCCAGCGCCGAUCACCGCGCCGAACUCGCAGUUCAACGACCUCCUGACCACGCUGGUGUUUGGUGCCGUCAAGUCCGACCCAAUGUUCGGCACCACUGUGCGCCCGGCGCAGCCGGUGCAGGAGCCCGCGCCAUGGUUCGAUGCCAUGUCGCCGGCGUCUGAGCCACUGCCGGCCGAGUCUCCGCUGAACAUCGACAAUGUGCAGUACGCCCAGCAGCCGAUCGACGGCCAUUUUGUCGACCCGAUGACUUUUAUUGACGAGCUCCUGGCGUCGCCUGCCUUUACGCCAUCCUCGUCACUCUCGGCGCAGUCGUCGCCUGCCCCUGAUUCCCUUGCACGCAAGCGUACCUUUGAGGACGCUAUGCUUUGAAAUAUCACAAAUCACUUUUUCUUGGCAUUUUUUUCCCUUUGUGGAGUCAUAACAGAAAAAUUAACUGUAUUCUAUAAAUCAACUUUGAUAAUCAAAAACAUUUAGUGC